CGUCGCAUGACGUCAGAACACGCGACCGAAUGAGUAUCACAUGACUGUCUCACGUUGACGGAUACGGAAGUAGCAACGCCAUCUAUAAUAAAAACAAAAUAGUUGCGAAAUAAAAGUUCUUAUUUAUUUACGAAACGAAAUGAGUGACGAAUAUUAUCUCGAGCUAAGCGAUAACCCCGUUCAGUUUGAGAACGCGUCGAGUGUUAAUAAUGUGUUUUUCGACGAGGCGAACAAGCAGGUGUUUGCUGUGCGAUCUGGUGGGGCCACAGGCGUUGUGGUUAAAGGACCAGAUGACAAAAGCUCUGUGGCUUUCAGAAUGGAUGACAAAGGUGAAGUGAAGUGUAUAAAAUUCUCCUUGAGGAACAAAAUUUUAGCUGUGCAGCGCACUUUAAAAUCAGUUGAUUUCAUAAACUUUAUUCCUGACUAUCCGCACAUAGAAUUCUCCCAUGAGUGCAAGAUGAAGAAUGCCAGUAUUCUUGGGUUUUGUUGGACCAACUGGAAUGAAAUUGUGUUCAUCACCGACCAGGGAAUAGAAUUCUAUCAGGUACUUCCUGAUAAACGGACCGUGAAGCUCUUAAAGAGUCAGAACAUCAACGUGAACUGGUACAUGUAUUGCCCAGAGACAGCUGUGCUUCUCCUUUCCACAACUGUACAAGGCAAUGUUUUACAGCCAUUUGCUUUCAAGAGUGCAACCAUGUCAAAGAUGUCCAAGUUUGAGAUUGAGCUGCCAGCGGUGCCCAAACCAGCCAAACUUAGCCUUUCUGAACGAGACAUCGCCGUGGCAACAAUCUAUGAUCAGCUGUAUGUGAUGUAUCUAAAGCAUCAUUCCAGAACCACUAACAGCCCAGGAGCAGAGGUAGUCCUGUAUCAUUUACCCAGAGAAGGCACCUGUAAGAAGACUCAUGUGCUCAAACUGAACACCACAGGCAAGUUUGCCUUGAAUGUUGUUGAUAACCUAGUUGUGGUGCAUCAUCAAAGCCCUCAGACGUCACUCAUCUUUGAUAUUAAACUGAGAGAGUCAGACGGUUCUGUAAACACUCAUCAGCCUGUGCUUCCUGCUCGAUCCAUCAACCCUUUCAAGAUCCCUCUAACAGGACCUGCAGCUGCUCCGAGUCAGGCCCCUGUGCCCUGUGAACUUUACUCAUCUUCUUGGAGUGUCUUUCAACCAGAUAUCAUAAUCAGUGCCAGUGAAGGUUAUCUGUGGUACCUCCAGGUGAAAUUGCAGCCCACUCUGAAUCUUCUACAAGAUAAAGGCAAACUCAUGGACUUCCUGUUACGCAGACGAGACUGCAAAAUGGUUAUCUUGUCUGUGUGUUCACAAAUGCUUGUAGGGGGAGAUAAAGGGAACCUGUCAGUGGUGGCAACAGUGUUUGAUAAACUUAACCAAGUGUACAAAGAAUACCUGGAUGCAGAGCAAGCAUACACUGCAGCAAUGGAAUCUGGGCCCAGUCGCUCCAGCAAUUCCUAUAAAAGGCCUGUCCGGACACAGGCAGUGAUAGACCAGUCCGACAUGUACACACAUGUGCUCUCCGACUUCACUGAGAAGAAGGGCAUGAACCAUAAAUUUAUCAUCGCAGUCCUCAUGGAAUACAUUCGCUCCCUAAACCAGUUUCAGAUUCCUGUCCAGCACUACUUGUAUGAGCUGGUUAUCAAAACUCUGGUCCAGCACAAUCUCUUCUACAUGCUUCACCAGUUCCUGCAGUAUCACGUCCUGAGUGACUCCAAACCACUGGCCUGUCUUCUGCUGUCUCUAGAGAGUACCUAUCCACCUGCUCAUCAGCUUUCUCUAGAUAUGCUCAAGAGGCUCUCCACCGCUAAUGAUGAGAUCGUGGAGGUUCUUCUGUCCAAGCAGCAGGUUCUUGGUGCUCUGCGUUUCAUUCGGAGCGUUGGUGGCCACGACAACGUCUCAGCUCGAAAAUUUCUGGAUGCUGCACGGCAGACAAGCGACACAAUGUUGUUUUAUACAAUCUUCCGCUUCUUUGAGCAGAGGAACAUGAGAUUACGUGGUAAUCCUGGAUUUAACCAAGGAGAACAUUGUGAGGAGCAUGUGACCUUCUUUAAACAAGUGUUUGGAGAGAACGCCUUGAUGAAAACAGCCACCGUAUGAAAAACAAAGGAAUGAAAGGUCGUCCUGACGGAUCAAUUGAUGGUUUGGCCCUGGAAGAAACUGAAUAACAAUGACUAUCAAAAUGUGAAGCUUUCAUUUACAAACACUAGAAUGAAUCCAGUUUUAGUAUCUUUUAGAAGAGAUUGUGAACUUCUUUGAAACUUAAAGUCUCUGUGCGCUUCAACGUUAACGUGUGCAAAACAAUAGGUCUACAGUGACAGCAGUUAUAAAUUGGGCUUAGAAUGCACAAAAACUAAUAUCGCCAAUAUUAAUUAAGCCUUUGCUUUGGCCACAUCACAACAUAGUGCUCAAUUUCUGUAUGUGAAUGUUGAUUAUGUAUAUAUUUAAAAAAAGAAAUGUCUAACUUUUACAAUAUAAUAAAUAUUAAGUUAAUAAUGAAUGUUAAUAUUAUUUGCAUUGCAAGUUUAUUAUACACAGCUUUUUCAACUUACAACAAAAGAAAGUUACAGGAUACUGGAGCAAAUCAAGGCAAUUAUUUGAAACUCAACAAUAAUCUUUUGGUAUAAUGAUAAUCCUUAGAAAUGCAUCAACAGAACCACCAACAGAUCUUUUAGAAUUGGUAAUUAUGUUUAUUUAUGCUAUUUGAAACUUGCUGCUGCAUUCAGUCCAAUUUCACUUCCUUUGGCUUUUUUCAAAUUGUUUCAUUUAAUAACACUGCAAUGUAACAAAGCAUCCAUAAAGAAUUAAAGCAUAAUUACAUUCCUAAAUUCUUACAGGUAGUGUCAGACAAGUGGAUUGACAUUCACAGGUGCCUUAUACAGAGAAGUACAGUAUACUUGUGCUACUUUACAUACUAAAUUGAUGCUAAUGCCUUUUUUAUAUCACAUUGAAUGCAAAAUCAAAGGUCAUUUUAUUUGCAUUUAAAGGCAGUGUUAUUGAAUAGUGUUAAAGACAGUUUUGAAUGGUUCUGGUGUGUGACAAAUUUAUUUUUAAAAGUGCAUUAUUAUUAGAAUUUAUUAUCUAAAAGAUACAAAGUCUUUGCAGGACACUAUCCAAAUGUCAACGUAUCCAAAAAUGUGAUUUUUGAGUACUUGUUGAAAAUAUUCAGCAUUUUCCUUGCAUUUCAUAAUUCAAUGCCUUGUUAAAAUCUGUGUGGCUGACAUAUUUUAAGUAACUUCGUAAGAACCUUCAAUAACCUUCCAGUUAAAACCUGCAGGAGUUAUAAAGAGUCAUAAUGGCCUGUUCUUUCAAUUCUGACAUUUAAAGUAGUUUGUCUGAGAAGUGUACACUUGCAGGGAACAAAAAACAAGCAGUCUGAUUUGUCAUCAGCUCUAUUAUGCAGAAUGAUAAAAAAAGUAUUUAAGGGACUUUUAGGUAAAAAUGCAACAUCAAAAAGGACUUUUGGCCUCUGUUGUUUUGUUUUAAUUAGUGUAAUGUAUCAAAGCUCCAGUUAGUGAAUUAUUAAAAACAAAUGCAUAUGGUUGUCACCAGUCAUUUAAAAAAAUAUUUUUGUGGUUCAGAUCAUCCACUAAGUGCAGUCCAACGCUGUCAAAUGUAAGACCAGCAAAUACUUGAUUUAUAGUCCACACAAUACAUAAACUAUACUAUAAAUUAAGAAUUUGCUCAAUGUAUUUUAGAUUUUUUUGACAAUUGUUUUUUCUACUGUAGAUAUGACAGUAUGCAGUAUAACAGUGUAUUCUUAAACUGAGAAAAUCCUAUUCUUUCAUAGGCAGUUAUUAUGGUACAAUUGUCAAGAAUACCUAUUAUAAAAGAAACCAAACAUUUUUAAAUUAUGCCUGUUGGGCCUUUUUUUGUUAUUCUGCUUUAAUUAAGUUCUUCUAUUUUUAAAGACAACCUUGAUCAAAAGCAAAAAAGACUUAUUAUUAUUUCUGUUCUGUUUUCCAGCAAACAUGUAAACAUCCUUUAAACAAGUAAUUUUUCAUAAGCAAAAUGACGCUAGAUAUUAAGUUUUGUUAUUAAAAGUUUGUGAGGUUUUGCCUUUGAAAUUAGUUCUUUUAUUAUUAUUAUUAUUAUUAUUAUUUGUAUUAUUAUCUCAUUGGAAAAUAUUUUUUUCUUGUUUUAAGCAUAAACACCAUUAAGCAAUUCUCAGUUAAGCUCAACUGACAUAUUGUUGAUUUACCACAACCAUUUUUAUUUUUUUUUAAAUCGACUUCGAAAAAUCGGUUACAGUGAGGCACUUACAAUGGA